AGAGGCUGGAGGGAGUUGGAGAGGUUGCAGAUUCUCGCAGAGGUCUCCCAGGGCUCGGUUUUCGCCCUUUGAGCUGCCGAGGUCUCUGCUUGGAAGCACCAGGGAGGGCAGUGAUGGGCGUCGAGGUGGUAGCUGCGGUGUGGGAGUGAGUCCCUGCUAGGAUAGGGUCACCCUACCCAGGGAGGAGGAGAGAAUCCCCACUUCCCCCAGGCUUCGCGGAGCGCGGGAGGGGCAGCCGGCCCAGGAAAUAGGGAGGGCCUAGCUGUGGGUCUCAGGGGCGAGGAAGGAGGAGGUCGGAUGGGCAAGAUCGCGCCCUGCUGAGAGCGUGAAUGAAGGGAUACGAGACUGGACCCUGACUGUAAAGAACCCUUUCCUGGAGAGAUGGCCUCUCCAGCCACCGUGCCCCUCAAGCUUGGGGGUCGCCGCACGCAGCCCCGGCCCUCAGCGGCUCUCGCGAUAGCCCGCCCCAAGAGCCCGAGAGCGCCGAGACUACGGGGCGCCACCGAGGUGCUUGGUCCUCCUAGCCUCUCAGAGCGGCGUCGCGGCCCGUUUCCGGGGGCGGGCCAGAAUCUGGAGAGCUGUGCGCCUGCCGCCCUGCGUUCCCCUUGUUGCUAUCCCGGGCGGCUGGCCAGGGUGGCCCCUCCCUGAGGACAUGCACUCCCCAGACAGGAGCAAACAAAAACCAGCAGUGCACGCACCAUCUCUAGCACCUGCUCCACUCCCACUGGAUACCCUGGAAUGGUGAUGCCACGCCCAAUGCCUGGACCCCAGGAGACCAUUGUGUUCGAGGAUGUGGCUGUGUACUUCACGAGGAUAGAGUGGAGUUGCCUGGCCCCUGAUCAGCGGGCACUCUACAGGGACGUGAUGCUGGAGAACUAUGGGAACCUGGCCUCGCUGGGCUUUCUUAUCACCAAACCAGCACUGAUCUCCCUCUUGGAGCAAGGGGAGGAGCCAGGGGCCUUGAUUCUGCAGGUGGCUGAGGAGAGAGGAACCAAGGCCAGCCUGUGCACAGAUUCCAGGAUGGAGUCUGGGAUGGCAGAGUCUCCUCCAAAGAGGGAGAUCUCUAGGCAGGCCAGACUGUCAGGCAUGGUUUGGGGAUGCCUCCCCAGGAGGGACCCCAAGCUAUCUGACCUCAAUGGCAGUCCUGAGGACAGAUCAGAUAAACAACGCCUCCUCCCCUGGGCUCAGGCUGAGGAGUUAAGCAUCUCCCCAGGGGUUCUGCGAAGAGAAGAACUGGGCAGCCGGCCUACAAGGAGCUCAGCCAGCGGGCAGAGAGGCUAUAGGUGCGAGUGCGGCAAGGUGUUCAAGUACAACUCGCUGCUGCUCAGGCACCAGAUCAUCCACACAGGGGCCAAGCCCUACCAGUGCACCGAGUGUGGGAAGGCCUUCAAGCAGAGCUCCAUCCUGCUGCGGCACCAGCUGAUCCAUACUGAAGAGAAGCCCUUCCAGUGCAGCGAGUGUGGGAAGGCCUUUCGGCAGAGCACGCAGCUGGUGUCCCACCACCGGGUCCACACCCGGGAGCGGCCCUAUGAGUGUGGUGAGUGUGGCAAGACCUUUACCCGCAGCUCCCGGCUCCUGCAGCACCAGAAAUUCCACACAGGGGAGAAGGCCUACGAGUGUAGUGAGUGUGGCAAGGCCUUCUGCCGCCGGUUCACCCUCAACGAGCACUGCCGCAUCCACAGUGGGGAAAGGCCUUACAGCUGCCUACGGUGUGGGCAGCGCUUCAUCCGAGGGUCGUCGCUCUUGAAACACCACAGGCUGCAUGCUGAGGAGAGCCCCCAGGACAACGGUGGAGGUCAGAACCCCUUGCUUGGUGUGGCACAGAAGGCCCAUGCGGGGGACAAGUUCUAUGAGUGUUCAGUGUGCCAGAAGCCCUUCAGACACAACUCUUUGCUCCUUCUGCACCAGCGGCUCCACACGGGCGAGAAGCCGUUUGAAUGCUCGGAAUGUGGCAAGGCCUUCAGUCGCAAGUCCAACCUCACUCUGCACCAGAAGAUCCACACCAAGGAGAAGCCCUUCACAUGCACAGAGUGUGGCAAGGCUUUCCGCAGGAGCUACACACUGAACGAGCACUACCGGCUCCACAGUGGCGAGAGGCCAUACAGGUGCCAGGCCUGCGGGAGGGCCUGUAGCCAGCUGUCCACCCUCAUCCAGCACCAGAAGAUCCAUGGCCGAGAGCAUCGGCAGGGUGGAGGUGGCAGGCGGGUUCCCCGCUGGACGCCCCGUUGAUGGUUAAAACAGGCAGAAGAUCUACCCACUCCAGAGGGGCCCCAGCACAGAAAGCUGUAAACCCACGUCCUGAGGGUGCAGCAAAGGAAGGGGCCAGGGAGGAUCUAUCCCAAGGUCGAGCAUAAGGAACACAAGAGGGAGAUGAGCAGGACAGGGAGGAGGGUGUGCCUAGAGGGAGUCCCCACUGGCCCUCAGCCAGAGAGUGGUGAGGCUGCAUGUGGGUGUGCCAGGACAGCAGCUUUCUGAGCCCAGAUAAGUCUGUCCUGAUGCACACACAGGCUCCAACAAACCAAAUGGAGAUUGUGGGUGGGGUAUUUUUCUUUUUCUUUCUCCCAUCCGAGUACUAACCAGGCCCGACCCUGCUUAGCUUCUGAGAUCAGACAAGACUGGGCACGUUCAGGGUGGUAUGGCUGUAGACUCUUUUUCUGUCUUUUUUGAGACAGUCUCACUCAUUGACCCCAGCUAGAGUUGUAGUGACGUCAUCAUAGCUCACUGCAACCUCAAACUUAUGGGCUCAAGUGAUCCUCCUGCCUUAGCCUCCCAAG